CUCAAGUUCGCAUCCAAGUUUAUCUUAACAGCGUUUCCCUUCAAGAGUUGCCGUGAACCAUGACAAAGAAGUUCGAAUUUAAUUGGCGCAUCGAAGUGCCGGAACUCUUGAGAAACGGCGGUGUGUUCGAUCGAUGGUUCGAGGACAAAGAGUCGACCGAAUACGAGCCGAACUGUUUGUUCAAAGUUGACGAGUACGGCUUUUUCAUUUAUUGGAAAAGCGACGGCAAGGACGGAGACGUCAUAGAAUUGGCUCAAGUGAGCGACAUACGUUACGGAGGCACGCCAAAGGAUCCAAAGUUAAAUAAUAAAUUAAGCAAACACGGAACUACGGAACAAUUGGACGAAAAAAGCUUAACUAUAUGUUCCGGAGUGGAUUACACUAACAUUCACUAUCAACAUCUGGUAUGUCCGGAUGCAAAAACGGCAAAGGAUUGGCAAGCUGGACUGCGCUUAAUUACGCACAACACAAAAGCGUGUAACGUUUGUCCAAAAACACAGCUAAUGAAGCAUUGGAUGCGGCUAAGUUUCCAAGUUGAUCCCAAGGGAAAAGUUCCCGUGAAAGUGAUAUCAAAGACUUUUGCAUCCGGCAAGACUGAGAAACUCGUUUAUCAAGGAUUAGCGGAACUCGGUCUGCCAAGCGGAAAGGGUGACAAAAUGGAGCCGGAGGCUUUCACAUUCGAGAAGUUUUACAGUUUGUACUUCAAGAUUUGCCCCAGAAAUGAUAUCGAAGAACUUUUUCAAUCAAUUACAAAAGGAAAAUCGGAUACCAUAAGUUUGAUGCAAUUGGUGGAAUUUAUGAACACGAAACAGAGGGAUCCGCGACUCAACGAGAUCUUGUACCCUCUGUACGACGAGAAACGUUGCACCGAAAUCAUUAACGACUACGAAAGCGAUGAGAAAGCGAAAUCGGAAAAAAAAUUGACGAAAGAAGGUUUCAUACGAUACUUAAUGUCGGACGAGAACUCGCCGGUGUUUCUCGACAAAUUGGAAGAGUGGAUGGACAUGGACCAGCCGCUCUCGCAUUAUUACAUCAAUUCGAGUCACAACACUUACCUCAGCGGUCGUCAAAUCGGUGGUAAAAGCACCGUCGAGAUGUACCGACAGACACUGCUUGCUGGUUGCAGAUGCGUCGAGUUAGAUUGUUGGGACGGCAAAAGCGUAGACGACGAGCCCAUCAUAACUCACGGCAAAGCUAUGUGCACCGACAUAUUGUUCAAGGACGUGAUCUACGCUAUAAGAGACACCGCGUUCGUUACCUCCGAUUAUCCCAUAAUUUUAAGUUUCGAGAAUCAUUGCUGCUUGAAAAACCAAUUGAAACUGGCGAAAUAUUGCGACGAGAUAUUUGGUGAUCUUUUACUGAAAGAGCCUCUGAAAGAUUAUCCACUCGAACCUGGAUCUCCGCUUCCUCCGCCUAGUGCACUGAAACGUAAGAUAUUGAUAAAGAACAAGCGAUUAAAGCCGGAAGUAGAGAAAGUCGAACUCGAGCUCUUCCUUGCCGGACAAUUCGAAGCCAAGGACGAAGUGGUCGAAGAUGCUAGCGCAGCUGCACCACCUCCAGUUCCCGAACCACCAAAGGAAGGCGAAGCUGCUCCCGGAGGCGAAGGAACGGAAGGCGAAGCACCACCGAUUCAAUAUACAGGCAGUACCAUGGCAUGUCAUCCUUUUCUUUCGGCCAUGAUAAAUUACGCGCAGCCAGUGAAGUUUCAGAGCUUCGAAAAUGCGGAAAAGAAGAAUAUACAUCAUAAUAUGUCUUCGUUCUCCGAGACUGCCGCUCUUAACUAUCUGAAAACUCACUCGGUAGAGUUCGUUAAUUACAACAAGCGGCAAAUGAGUCGAAUAUAUCCAAAGGGCACGAGGGCUGAUUCGUCGAAUUACAUGCCCCAGGUCUUCUGGAACGCCGGCUGUCAGAUGGUGGCUCUGAAUUUUCAAACACCCGAUCUGCCGAUGCAGCUCAAUCAAGGGAAAUUCGAGUACAACGGCACGACAGGCUAUCUGCUGAAGCCCGACUUCAUGCGAAGACCCGAUCGAAGCUUCGAUCCUUUUUCUGAGGACGUCGACGGUAUCAUCACCGCACAGUGCGGGGUUCAGAUCAUAGCCGGACAAUUCUUGUCGGACAAAAAAGUGGGCACGUAUGUCGAGGUGGAUAUGUACGGUCUGCCGGCGGACACGAUCAAGAAAGAAUUCAGAACACGAAUGGUGCCGGCGAACGGUUUGAAUCCGGUUUACAACGAGGAGCCGUUUUUGUUCCGGAAAGUUGUGCUUCCGGAUCUGGCGGUGCUUAGAUUCGGCGUGUACGAAGAAAGCGGAAAAUUACUCGGUCAAAGAAUCUUACCUUUGGACGGUCUUCAGGCCGGCUACAGGCACAUCUCCUUGAAGACUGAGGCUAACUUUCCGAUGGCGCUGCCCAUGCUCUUCUGUAAUAUAGAGCUGAAGAUUUAUGUCCCUGAUGGAUUCGAAGAUUUUAUGGCUGCCUUGUCCGAUCCGGGCGGAUUUUCCAAGGCUGCCGAGAAGCAGACCGAGACGAUGAAGGGUCUUGGAAUAGAGCAGACGGAUGCCAAAGCGGAUGCUAAGAAGAAAAAGGAAGAGGAAGCAAAGAAGGAGGAAUUAAAACUGGAACCCAUCACGCUCGAAUCUUUGAAGAAAGAGAAAAAUUUCAAACUGGGGAAGAAGCAUCAGAAAGAAUUGGACACUAUGAGAAAGAAGCAUUUGAAAGAGAGACAAACUAUGCAGAAGAAUCAUUGCAGCGCUAUCGAGAAGCUAACCAAGGGAAAAGACAAAAAUGCUCUCGCGCAAGACAGCAAUUUGAAAAAAAUCAUAAGCGAACAGACGGCUCAAUGGUCCGCUAUGAUGGAAAAACAGAGGAAAGAAGAAUGGGAAAUACUGAAGAAUCAAACGCAAAGCUCUCGCGACGAAUUAAAGAAACUGAUCGAAGUCGUGCAAACAUCGCAAGUUAAAAUGAUGCAGGUUAAACAUGACAAAGAUAUCAAGGAGAUGAAUUCCAACCAGGCGAAAGUGUCCGUGGAAACGGCAAAGGAAGUGAUGAACGAUAAGGCAUUGAAAACAAAGGGUGACAAGGACAGACGACUUCGUGAGAAAAAACAGCAAAAUACCAAGAAAUUCCUAGACGAGAGGAAAACCAUGGACAUCAAACAGGGACGUGAAAAAGAAAAAUUGAAGGUCACGCACGAGAAACAAGUGCAGAAUUUAGACAAAGAUAUCGACGGUAGUAUCGAAAUGUACACAAACGAAGCAAUCGAAUACGAUUUUUCGUCCAAGGCGGAAUUCUAUAUAUAGGUUUUUUGAUAUUUUUUUUUAUUAAUGUGACAAUAUUAUUG